AUGAUACCCCUCCAUGGCCGGCCGCCGCGCCGCAUUCUCUUCCUCGACGCCUACGACUCCUUCACCAACAACAUCGUCUCGCUGCUGAAGGAUGCCCUCGGCCGCAGCGUCCAGGUCCACGUCCUGCACAUGGACCUCCGCACCCUCGACACGGACCCGGAGCCGGACUGGACGGCCGACCAGUUCCUCGACCGCCUGUCAGCCUUUGACGCCGUCGUCUGCGGUCCCGGUCCGGGAUCGCCUCUCCACGACGCCGACGUGGGUGCCUUCAAGCUGCUCUGGAAUCUGCCGCCCGACAAGGUCGUCCCCGUCCUCGGCAUCUGCCUUGGCUUCCAGAGCCUCGUCGCCCAUUUCGGCGGCCGCAUUCGGAGGUUGCGUAGGGGCCUGCACGGCAUGGUCAGGGAGAUUGACCACCUUCGGGAGCCAGCCGGCGACAUCUUCGACGGUGUGCCGCCUUUCAGCGCCACGCUGUAUCACAGUCUCUGCGCCGACGUUGGCCAGGAUGCCAUUCCCGCCGACGCCUGGCCUCGGUGCCGGUGGGACCCUCCUUCCGUCGCCCCUGACCUCAUGCCGCUGGCCUGGACGCUCGAGGGAAGCGAGGAGGACGGCGCGGAGGAACGCAUCCUCAUGGCGGUUCGCCACGCGACCCUGCCGCUCUGGGGGGUUCAGUACCAUCCCGAGUCGGUCUGCACCGAUCCUGCGGCCCACGCCGUCAUCGAGAACUGGUUUCGUCAGGCGCUCCAGUGGAACGACGUGGCGAGGAGAGCCGUCGACCGGACCGUCGUCUACGCCGACAGCCUCGACCCGUCCAACCACACGCUUCCGGGCCUGCGCUCGACCGAAAGCCUCCAAGAUUUCCGUUGGUGGCAGGAUAUGCAGUCAGGUCUGGCGAGGGAAGCCGUUGCGGCCGGAUACGCCUGCAGGCGGAUCGAGCUGCCCGACGCCGUCGACACCGCCGACGUCGCCGAGCUUCUCGGCCUCGGCCGCUCCGACACCAUCAUUCUCGACUCGUCGAGCACCGUCAACGGCGACCCCCUGGCCCGAAACUCCAUCUUGGCCCUCGACCUCGCCGAGGCACUCCGGUUGGAGUACACGGUUGGGGACGAAUACGUCACCCUGCGACGGCCGCCGACGUCGACGCGCAAGGAAGAGAGUCAACGGAUUUGGCUCUGCGACCGGCCCCGCGACCGAGGCCACGAUCCAUGGACGCCCUGGCACGUCGUUUCCGAGUUUUGGCGCCAACGGCAGACGCCCCAGGAGGGCCUCCAGAUCCAGUCGCCCACCUUCACCGGCGGCUUCCUCGGCUUCGUCACCUACGAGAUGGGCCUGAGCACGCUGAGCGCCGGCCUCGUAUCGGACGAAAGGGGACACCGCCGGCCCGACAUCUGCAUGGCCUGGGUCUCCAAGAGCGUUGUGCUGGAUCACAAGGCUGGCCUGGCGUACAUUCAGGCUCUGACGACCAAGGAGUCGGAUGAUUCUUGGAUCGCCCACGUCGUCGACCUUCUCGAGAAGUCGCCCGUCUGGCAAGGUGCAGACGGCCUGAACGGAACGGCACCCAGCAGCAAAUACUCCCACGAGGCGUUGCUGCAGCACGCCGGCAAACCGGGCGGCAGGAUGCACUUUGACAUCCCCAACCCGAAAAAGUACGAGCGCAAUGUGAGCCGGUGCCAGGAUGCAAUUCGAGAUGGCGAGUCGUACGAGCUGUGCUUUACGACACAGACGACCAUGACGCGACCGGUCGGGGACGACACUCCGCGCCACAUCUGUCGACGGGACGGCGCCGACAAUGGCAUCCAUUCGACGAAGCGGCGCCCGUUGGGGGGGGAGCACGGCACGCCGUGGCAGAUAUUCCGCACCCUCCGCGCGCGCCAGCCAGCCCCGUUCGGCUCCUUCAUCCGCCUCGGCGGCGCCACCGUCAUCAGCUCCUCGCCCGAGCGCUUCCUCACCCACGACGCCCGCGGCCUCUGCUCGAUGCGACCGAUGAAGGGUACCGUUCGCAAGUCGACAGCCGUCUCGACCCUCGCCGAGGCCGAGGCCAUCCUGCACGUGCCGAAGGAGGAGGCCGAGAACCUGAUGAUUGUCGAUCUCGUCCGCCACGACCUCUACGGCGUCUGCGGCGCCGGCAGCGUCACCGUCCCGGACCUGCUGCGCGUCGAGGAGUACGCGACCGUGUUCCAGAUGGUGACGGCCGUCGACGGCCAGCUCCCGGCCGCGCGCCUCGCCUCCGGCACGGACCCUUCGGGCGGAGCCUUCCCCUUCACCGGCGUCGACGUGCUCGCCGCCGCGCUGCCGCCCGGGAGCAUGACGGGCGCGCCCAAGAAGCGCAGCUGCGAAAUCCUGCGCCACCUCGAGCCGGUCGAGCGGAGCGUCUACGCCGGCGUCGUCGGCUACCUCAGCGCCGGCGGUCGCGCCGACUGGAGCGUCACCAUCCGAACCCUCUUCCGCUGGGACGACGAGACGCUGGCGCCGGCCGAGGGCGAGGCGCGCCCGCGCGAGGUGUGGCGCAUCGGUGCCGGCGGUGCCGUCACGACGCUAAGCACGCCCGAGGGGGAGAGGGAGGAGAUGUUCACCAAGCUCUGCGGGCCGUUGGGUGUCUUCAUGGACGCCGCGUAG